UUAAAUUUUGCAACUAAAAGGUCGAAACUAAAUCUCGAGCCACCAUCUGCAGAUGCAAGGUGCAUCGCCCAUUUGAGAUAUCAAAGAGUCUAGAAGGAUGAAUGGAUUUGACAUUUUGAAAGAGGGGACCACCUCGCACGUGUAAUGUGUAGGUGAUGAAUCCAGAGGUUUCUUUGAGCGUGCGGGGUGAAAGGUCUGGAAGGCGGGGGAAGGAGGAGAGGAAGUGCCACUCUCUUUCUCUUCCCCUAACAGAGGAUCGUUGGUCACAGCAGAUAAUAAAGCAAUCAAUUGUCCAGUGGGUAUUUGCGGAUUGUGUGUCUACACACCGUUAAUUUUCCUAUUUGGAUCGUGGGUUAAGCUCGGCAGGUCCCAAAACGCAAUCACGUAAGGAAUCUCUCUCUCUCUCUCUCUAUCUAUCUAUCUGUUUGAAAAUUGCGAUGCAUUCAUUUGGUACAAUUCGUGAGUUUAAGAUUCUUAUUUAAGUUCUUAUUUCAUUUUUUUUUUCUUUUGAAAUUUUAGCACAGUAACAGAACUAUAUAAGGGAGUAAGAAUUGUGAGUUCUUUUGAUUUGGAGAUCUUGUUGAAUAUCCUUUCCUUUGUUUUGCUUUUACCAUUUUCCUUAUAAUCUGAUGAAAAAAAUGGAUUGCAUUCUUCUUUAGGAGCUUUUUCAUUUAGGCUAUGGACUUAUAUUUUUGGUUGGCUGGUUACAGAUUUCUUUGUUCUUUGUACAAUUGCUUCCCUUCCAUUUUUCAUUUCUUCCAAUAAAAUAUGUCUCAUCCUGCAGAUUUUGAAGGGAGAUUUUGGUUUCUUCAUUUUGAUCGAUCUCUCGUUGCUCCUCAAGGCGAAAAAUUUGUGGACUUCAUUAUAGUAGAGGAGCAAUUCAAAUCAAAUAUAAGCUUCAUAGAUAGAUUUUAAGAAAAAUGGUGCCUACUUAUGGACAUCCAUCUCCAUAUCUUCAUCAUCCUCCCCAGUACUAUGCAUUUCCUUAUCAACAUUGGAAUCCUCAAUGUCAGGGAGCUCCACACUAUAUAAAGGAAUUUGGACCUCAAAGUUAUGGAAGUGGCUUUUUUUGUCCACCAGAAUAUCAGCAUUGCUUUGGUUGCUACCCCCAUGGCUACUAUCCUUCUGGGCAACACUAUUAUUGCAGACAUUCACCUCCACCAUCACUUUGGGAUCAUCACUCCCAUCCUAAUGGGCAUCCAGUGUAUUUUGUGCCUCCUUCCCAUUAUAGUGGUCAUCUUGACCGCUACAAGGAUGACAAGGAUGCGGCCAAAGCCCACUUCUGUGGAUGUCCUAGCCAUAUCUGUAGCAGUCGCAGCGAUGGUGGUGACCGAAAGAUGAGUGAAACUGGAGGGCGUAGUAAGAAUUCGGAGAGGGUUAAUCAGAAUACUAAAAUAGACGCUGAGCACGGGCAGGAUCUUUUUUAUCGCAAGAAGUCACAGAGUUCCCCAUAUUCUCCAAUCUUCUGGAUACCGCCUGGUUGGGUGAAUGGCAGAGAGGGAAAUAAGCCAUCUGAAUCAGGCGGAGUGGUUCAAAAUAACUGGCUCCCUGUGGAUUCAAGUGAGACAAAAUUUCCCAAUGGAAGUGGGGAAGACGAGAGUCGUUUACCUUUUCCGAUUAUUUGGAUGCCAAAUUAUGAUAGACAACAAGAGGCUGGAAAGAAAAAGCAGGAGUCUGAUACUGACACUGAAGUUGCAGAGCAGCCUAUCCAACUGAAGAUCGUUCCUGUGAUGGAGCAGGAGGAUGAAGCAUGUGGGAAGGAUAAUAUGCCAAGUAAGGACGAGAAGAAGGGCACCAAGUGUAUUAAUAACUAUCACUCAGAAAAAGUUAUUGAACCUAGUUGCAGGCUCAAGCUUGCUCCUGUUGUGGAGGGAGAGGAUGAAGGAAGUGCAAUGAGUAAUUUGAAGUCUAGACCAGAAGCUACUGAAGAUGCAGGUGAUCUUUCAGUUUCUGGGAAAGAAUCUACGAUAAGGAACAUUCCUGUCAAGCAGGUGGAGGAAACUAAGGAGAAAAAAGCUUUGGAGAGCGUCAUGAAUAAGCCAUCAUCUCCAGGAAGAGCCUCUAAACUCCCUCCUGUUUGUUUGCAGGUUGAUCCUUUACCUAGGAAGAGAACUGCCAAUGGUAAAUCAAGGUCUCCAAGUCCCCCUGGUGUAAAGGAUAAGCUCCCACCUCAUAAUGACCAUUCAAGCAUGAAGAUGGAGCAACCAUGUUCUGCAUCAGCUGUGAAACAAGUGAAAAUCACCAACUUGGAAGAGAAAAAUGACCAAAAUGAAAGAGGGGAUGCUGAGGUUCAGAUUCAAGGGCCUGCUCUUACAGAAAAAAUUGUAGAACAGAAGGAAAGGGCAGACGCUACAGAACAAUCGAAAAGGGAUGUGGGUAGUGAUGCAAGUGCAAUUUUGAAGAUGAUAGCGGGUACUUCAGCUAAUAAAGGUGAAGAGAAGGACAUGGAUAAGAAGAGUAGGAAUCUAUUUUCUGAUGAGGAGGCAGCUGUUUUAAUUUAGUGUGUUUAUCGUGGUUUUGAGGUGAUGAAAUGGGAGCCUUUGAAGAAGCUGACGCGGAUAUCAAGAGUUCGAGAGCAGGCUGCUGAUAUCCAGCAGCGUAUCUGUGGCAUGGAGGCUUCACAUGAGCUUCAAAAGGAUCCAAAGCAGAGGAUGUUGAUUAGUGAGAGUAUAAUGACUCUACUUCUGCAACUAGAUACCAUCCAGGGAUUGCAUCCCAUUGUUAGAGAUGUAAGGAAAUCGGUAGCAAAGGAGCUAGUUUCUUUAUAGGAGAAACUUGACCUGUUAUCUGCACUGCCAAGUGAAGAACCGAAAGCAGUGUCGACUGCACAUUUGGAUUUUAUAAUUAGCAAUGUGGAAGAAGACCACUACAAGGGUUCUUCAGACAUGGAAGUCCCUGUAGAGGAUGAAAUGAUGAGAUUAAUAGUGAAUCCCUCUUGGAGAAGGUUGAUUGUGACUCAUACACAUGCUGAACAGACCACCAUGAAAUUUGAGAGAGAGAAUGAAUGGGAUGCACAACAAGCUCAACAACUUGCCAAUGUUAACAAAGAGGAGAAUGUGGAUGCACGAGCUCAACAAGUGGAAGAAAAUGGAAAUUUGUAUGUUUGUAUGAUAUCUUCGGCCGCUUUACAAGAUGAGACUUGUUCGAAGGAUAGAGAAUCAGUAGAGGAUGUGACUUGUCUGGAUGGUAAGGAAUCAACACUCCAAGGUGUUUCUGCAGAACCAAAAUUACCUGUUAUGGCCAAUGAGAUGAAUGUUGUAGAGGAUUCUUCGCAUAAAGAGUUCGAAGGUAUUAAUUUAGCACUGUCAGUUGAUUUAGAAGAUAAGGCUGUGGAGCUUUUUCCGAAUCAAUCGAAAAGCGAUGGCGAGACAGUGCAUGACGACACUUCCUCCUGUGGAGGAGGAAGUACAUCAAAAUCAUUUGGUGAAAAAAAUGACAACCCUUCAGAGGAAGCCACAUGUGACAUCGAUGGAGGUCAGCUUCCUCCCUCCAAGAUGAUAGUGAAGGAUGCCACUACAAGGUUAAUCUCCUCAGAUGUUAGAGGUACGAAUCCUGAAGACAUUGCUACUAUGGAAGAAGGCAGCCAUACCAAAAAACCUGAGAAAACUAGCAUCAUGGGACUGGUGCAUGAACAGUAUGUUUCUGAUCCUCUAACAGAGCCAAAAACUGGGGAACGAAGUCAGGCUUCUCUUUCUUAUCCAUCAUCUACAAACUGGAACAUGUUCUUAGAGGGGAGAACAGAUCCCAUGUGCAUUGCCAUUGAGGAGAAAGGAGAACAGUUGAAAGAGCAUGGCAAUGAGGGAAUUGAAGGACCAGAAUAUGAAAUUGCUGAACAAGGUCAAAUUCCUCCAUCCAAGCCACCUGUUUCUAACUUGACUGCUCCUGUGGAAGGGACAGAUCCAGUCCAAGUCGCUACUGAGAGAAGCGAUGAGUAUUCUGAAGAACCUAAGAGCAAAAGGAUCAGUGGAGGGAUAUGUGAAGACUCAAAACCGCCAGUCGAGGAGCACGAAAAACUAGAGAACAAAGGCCAAUUGGAGGAAAACAGAGAUAGAGAGGGAGAAGUAAAAAUGCAGGGUGGUGAUUAUUAUGCAGCAGCAGUGCUGACAGAGAAGGAGAAGCUGAGAGAGAUGGUGGAAAAGAGGCAAUUGGAGGUGAUUUCAGAAUUGAAUGGGAGAGUUCAAGAUUUGGAGUUCAAAUUGAAGAAGAAGAAGAAGAAGAUGAAGCAGUUGAAGGUUAGGACGCCCAGAGCUAGAGCCUCACCCUGCAAACCAAGUUAGACACAAAGUUUAGGCAACGAAUUGUCGCUUUAUAUAUAUAUCGAUGAAUGCUUUGUUUGUGUGUGUUGUAUGAAGUCCUCUCUGGCAUGGUAUUUCUGUUUCCAUUGCCAAAGGUUUCUGUAUGGUUUGUCUAAUCGUGUGCAACCACUCAUGGUUUAUAUAAAGUGGGUUUUGUCAGGCUAAAA